AUUUUUUCUCCCUUCAAGACCCUCCAGCUGAAUUGAGAAGCUAGUUAGCCAGGGCUGGGACAACAAUGAUGUCGGAGCAGGAGGCUCUGAAGUGCUCCAGCGCAAGAAACCGUGGAGGGGUACAGAGAGUUGAGGGUAAACUCCGCGCUAGCGUGGAGAAAGGGGACUAUUAUGAAGCUCAUCAAAUGUAUCGGACGUUAUUCUUUAGGUAUAUGUCACAGUCAAAGCAUGCGGAAGCUCGAGAGCUCAUGUGUAACGGAGCGUUGUUGUUCUUCAGUCAUAAUCAGCAAAACAGUGCUGCAGACCUGUCUAUGCUAGUGCUGGAGUCUCUGGAAAAAUCAGAAGCAGAAGUAGAAGAUGACAUCCUAGAGCAUCUGGUGAAGCUGUUCAGCCUGAUGGACCCCAAGUCUCCAGAGAGGGUGGCGUUUGUGUCCCGGGCGCUCAAGUGGUCCACGGGGGGGCCAGGCAAACUGGGCAACCCCAAACUACACCAGCUACUCGCCCUCACACUAUGGAAAGAACAAAACUACAGUGAGUCCCGGUACCACUUCCUCCACUCCUGUGAUGGGGAGGGCUGUGCCCUCAUGCUGGUGGAGUACUCCGCAACUAUGGGCUACCGCAGCGAAGUGGACAUGUUCGUCGCCCAGGCCGUGCUCCAGUUCCUGUGCCUGAAGAACAAGACCAGUGCGUCGGUGGUGUUUAGCACGUACACACAGAAGCACCCGUCCAUCGAGACUGGGCCGCCCUUCGUCCAGCCACUCCUCAACUUCCUCUGGUUCCUCCUCCUCGCCGUGGAUGGGGGGAAGCUAACAGUCUUCACAGUGUUGUGUGAGCAGUAUCAACCGUCUCUGAAGAGGGACCCCAUGUAUAACGAGUAUCUGGACAGAAUAGGGCAGCUGUUCUUCGGCGUGCCCCCCAAACAGUCAUCAUCAUAUGGAGGUUUGCUAGGGAACCUGCUGAACAGCCUGAUGGGCUCUGGUGAGGAGGAGGAGGGGGAGGAGCCGCAGGAGGACGGCAGCCCCAUCGAGCUGGACUGAGCGCGUGCGGGCCGAGACCAAGCCAGCGGGGGCUUAUGGGUAGGAGAGGAGAGGGGGCGGGGCACACACAAACACCACAGAUAGGCUCCGCCCCAGCCAUCCUACGGAAGCCCGGACUGUCCAAAACUGCAAUGUCUUUUUUUUUUCCCUUUGAGUUGUCUUUAAUAUAUAUUACAUAUAUUUUCGUUGAUUUUCUAGUGCUGAACAUUGCUCUCUUUAGGUGGUUUUAACAAACAAACAAACAAACAAACAAACAAACAAAUAAACACAAACAAAGAGAAACAGAAUCAAACAGCUGCUGGGAGCUUCCUGGACUUUGACUCCUCCCACGUUUUUCAUCCAAUCACAUGUGAGCUUUUCAGUAACCAAAUCCACACCCUCCACUGGAGCGGACGGUCCAAUCGGACGCAACCUUUUGAAUGUCCCGCCUCCCCGAGUCUCCCUCCGCUCAGCCCAAGAGCCGAAGAGGAGAACCGACCCUCCCACAGCAACACACACACACACACACACGUCUCUGCCCUCAUCACACUUCAUUGGGGGGGGGGGGGUGUUUGCAUUAUAGGGUAAUAAAACAGUAACUUAUAAUCCAUAUUAACAGACUCUGGAAUACUGUAAGAGCGACUCCUGUGUGUGUGUGUGUGUGUGUGUGUUUGGGAUGUACUCUCUCUUGUGACUCCGUGAGAUCCAGCCAGAUCUGCUGUGCUCUGAUGAGUGGUACUGCUUGGUGUAUGUAAGGUAGAAAGCACAGUCCUGUGUGUGUGUGUGUGUGUGUGUGUGUGUGUGUGUGUGUGACCUGAGGAGAGGAAUGUGCACUGCUUGGCUUUUGGGAGUCCUGUAUGUAUUAACCCUGUCAAGGGAACUGGUGUGUGUGGGGGGGGGGGGUAAUAAAGGAAUGAGAAUGGAA